UCGGAAUCAGUUUUGCGUCGUCCGCGAGCCUGAGCGCACGUCUCCCGCGCCCGCGUGUAAUAAAAAACGUUUACGCGACGGUGUUACAUAAACAAUCGAAACUAUUUUUUCUCGAACUGUAUUUCGUUGCGUCAAAGUGUAUCGCUAAGUCUUCUUAGUUUAAAUUCUACUUUUGACAUUCCGAACUCUUUAAUAAACUGUGCUUUACUUUCUAUGUGUUCUAAAAAAAAUUGAAUCAAUUUCGAUUUUUCAUCUAAAACUCAGCACAGAAAUAAAACAUACGAAAGUUUCAAACAAUCUGAACCGUCCAGUGUCUUUAUAAAAGAAAGAACUCAGUGUGAAUAAAGUCAAGUUGAAAAGUGGAUAUAUUAAACGUGACCGGUGCGAAGUGGUGGGGCUGGGCCGGUGAUGUAGUGUCUGCGGGCAACUGCUCCAGGAUGGACACCAUGAUCAGCGUGUGGACCGUGGUGGAGCAUGUGCGUGUCGCCAGCGGCGCCGCCGAACUCGCCAUCUUCACUGCCAUACUCUACUGGUUCUUCACCUCCAGCCGCGUGGCCGACAUGCUAGAGGUGGUGGGCGAGCGAGUUGGCGGGUGGUGCGGCCGCGACACGGGCUCGCUGCGGCAGGCGGUGCGCGCGCGACGCCGCCACCACCAGAACGACAUUUACACCAAGCUAGAAGCUGAGAACGCGAGCCGAACGGCUUCGCUGUAUAGAGUGAAGGAAGGCCCGAUUACACCAGCGCCGCAGCCGCAGACGAAACCGCCGGCAGGACUGGCUUGCGGACGAUGCGCUCCACUGUCUAGGGAAUCUUGGCAGGAUCCUCAAUCAACCGACACUGGUGCCGUGAUCAACAUACUGGAUAUUGGGCGGCAGAAGUACGCGAAUGGUGGCGUGGUGUCGCGGUACCUGUGCGACCUGGUGCAGUGCUUCAAUCUCACCAAAUAUGACUAUAAGGACAUCGUUCCUAGUGUAGAAAAAGAAGAGAGCUUCCUGAAGGCGAUAGAGGAGACGACACAGGAGGAACUGAAGAAGGCCAAAGCGAAUGAUGAUGGGAGCCCCAAGAGCAAGGCCUCGUUGGACUACUCCUCCGUUAGGCGGAGGGUCGAGGCCAAGGCGAAGAAGGUGCUCACCGACAUCAGCUCGGCCAUGUCCAACAAUGUGCUCAGACUGGUGGCGUGGGUGACGCACAAGGCGGUGCGGCGCGUGGCGCGCGGCUGCGGCACGCGCGCGGCGAGCGUGGAGCGGCUGCGGCGCGCGCACGCGGCGGGGCUGCCGCUCGUGUUCGUGCCGCUGCACCGCUCGCACUUCGACUACAUCCUCGUCACCUUCACGCUCUACCUCGUGGGGCUGCGCCCGCCGCUCGUCGCCGCCGGGGACAACAUGCGCAUACCGUUCUUCGGUUGGUUCUUACGAGGCUGCGGUGCGUUCUACAUCAGGCGAAGAGUCGACGGGUCUGAAUACCACGGCGAUCCCGUCUACAAGUCUGCGCUCAGAUCAUACAUCUUGAACAGUUUGGGCGCCAACAACAAUUUGGAGUUCUUCAUCGAGGGUGGACGCACAAGGACAGGGAAACCACAGCCGCCUAAAGCCGGCAUCCUUUCGGUGAUAAUGGACGCGUACCUGGACGGCACGAUCGACGACGCUCUCCUGGUGCCCGUGACCCUUAACUACGACCGGCUCGUGGACGGCAACUUCGUGCGAGAGCAGCUCGGCAUGCCCAAGCAGAUGGAGACCUUCUGGUCGGCCCUCAGAGGGAUUUGGAGGACAUUGAAUACCAAUCAUGGCAGCAUCAGGGUCGACUUCAACCAGCCUAUAUCCCUUAAGGAACUAGUGACAUCAUUCCAGAAGUACCAGCACUACAAGAUGCCGAUUGAGAGCCCGCUGACGCCCCCCAACAACAACCUGGCGGUGAAUCUCGACAGGCAGAUCCUAUACAAUCACAGCCACUCGAGCCUGUACGGCGAUGACGUCAGCACCGACCACAAGAUGAUGGUCGAGGCGAUCGGCAGGCAUCUUGUGUAUGACGCGGCAUCGUCGACGGCGCUGAUGUGCACGAACGUGGUGGCGUACGUGGUGCUGACGGAGCGGCGCGCGGGCUGCGCGCUCGCGGCGCUGCGCGAGGCCGUGUGCGCGCGCGCCGCCGCCCUGCGCCGCCGCGGCCGCGACCUCGCCUUCGCGCCGCACGCCGCCGCGCCCGCCACCGCGCGCGCCUUGGACAUGCUCGGCCGUGGUCUGAUCAGGCGGGAGGGUGGACAAAAACAAAUGGUGAAGCCACAACUGUCAAUUGCGGGUGCGCUCGAGCUCUCGUAUUACGCCAACGCAGUGGUGGCGCACUACGCCGCGCCCGCUAUCAUAGCAACCGCCCUAGAAAGCAUCAUACGCCAACCAGACGCUGAUCAAGACGAGAUCCGCCAUUCAGACCUGAUGGAGGCAGCGCUGCAACUGUGCGAAAUCCUCAGUCAAGAGUUCAUCCUGUGCCCGCCAUGCCAACGGAUAGAGGAGCGCAUGAACGAGGCCAUCGACGCGCUGCUGGCUGACGAGGUUAUCACCGCUGUGCAGCCCACGGACAGUCUAGAAGAGGAGCGGUGGUCGCGCCGGUUCGCGCAACAGCUCGACGACGAGGAGGACGACGUCACCCGCGUACACGACCCCACGCAACGCAUUAAGUACAAGAUCUCACACAAGCAUGAAGCCGUCGCGGAACGUCGCCGCCUGCUGCUGACGCUGCGCCCGCUGCUGGAGGCGUACGCGUGCACGUGCCGCAGCGUCCGCAGCGAGCCCACGCGCCGCAACGUGCAGCGCGCCCUGCACACGCUCACCGACAACUUCACCAAGGGCUCCAUGCCAUACGGUGAAGCGGUGUCCACGGACGCGAUACGCAACUGCCACCGCCUGCUACGACAGUGGGGCGUGAUAGAGAUGUACACGCAGGAGCGCGAGCGCAUGGUGCGCGUGUGCCCGCCGUACGACAACCAGCAACGUCUCGACGACGUCUGCGCCAACAUCUACAAGUUCAACAUGGACACGCCGCUGCUCAAGGAAUAAUGUGUGUGUGAUAGUGCAGUGACUGAUCCAGUGUAAUGAGCUGAAAUGAGUUGGAGCUGACUUGAAGCAUCAGAAUAUUGUGCAAAGGGUUAAAAACCCUCCAUCCUGCCUCCUGGAUGUGAGAGGAACUAAAUGGACGAUUGAAGUGAUUUGUGGUAUUCAAAGACAAUUAUACCAUGUGAGUGUUAUAAAAUUAUACUUGAAAAUGUCUAGCAGUUUUUAUGAAUAACAAAUUUUUGGUUUAUUCCAAGACAUUAUUUUUGCAACAUGGCAGCCAUUGACUAAGGAUCUAUAACAAGAGAGUCAGUAUCAUAUUUACAAAGCGAAGAUAUAAAUGAAAACAAAAUUAUAUAUACUUAAAUUAUGGUAUUCAGAGUGAUGAUAAUUCCCCACAGGAUUUAUUUCAAAUAAAAAGGGGACCUUUUAUUUACAUUUAGAAAUUCCUUUUGCAGAAUAAGGUAAAGAUGGAGAGGACAUGACAAAAUAAACACUGGAUUUGAUAAUUUUUGGAUGGUGUCGCCUAAACGUGACCUUUAAAUCUACUGUAAAGUAUAUGUGUUUGGGACACUUAUCUAUACUUUUUGCUAUCGUAACAAAGUCGCAGAUACUAUUGCGGCACUAAAACGCCUUCAUUGACGUGGCUCAAGUAUGGCUAGUCCCACUAGAACCAUGUGGGGAGGUACAAAGCAACUCUUAGUAAAUAAUUCUUAAAGUUCUGUUCGAGACAAUCUUGUUCUGUCACAGUCCUGUCACUGGACAGCAUAAAUUUGACUAGGUGACGCUCUCGGUCGAUAGCAAUGGGCAAAUCAGGAUAGACAGUUUCUCAUCAACAGAUUCAUUAUGAUUUUGAGAGUUUAUUGAUAUCUAAUUUAACUAUUUAAAGUGUGAUUGUGCUACCACUACUUGAAAUUUAAACUACAGAGUUUUCUCAAGACAUUUAUUAAUACAAUCUACAAAAUAUACACCAAGAUUACAUUGACACCUCAGUAUAAAUAGGAACUCAAAGCAUUUUUGACACAAAACUACUUCAAGCUUUCGAAUGAAGUAUCCUUCUACUGUAAAUUGUAUACAUUCAUAUUACAUUGAUAGCUUACUCUUCUAAAACAUUGCUUUUGUUAUAUGUUGUCCCACUGUGGGGCAUGACAUUCUAUACUAGAACUAUGGGGAGAUAGAUAAAUGCAUUUUGAUGACUACUGAAAGAUAAUUCACUUUUUCAUAAUAUCUACUUGUAUAUCCAUUGUCGCGACUGAGUUUUAGUAUAGUUACCAAAUGUGCGAAGUAGCGGUAAGGUGUGUGGGUCGCGCGUGGUGUGGACCCCCCGUCGGACAUCUGGCUGUGUGAACUAAAAUUCUUAAAUUUAUAUUAAUAUGUUUACGUCCAGUGAAGAUAUGGCAUACAACGACGCGAAUGUGGACUCGUCCCUUGAAUUUAUUUUUUGUGUUUCAGUGUUGGCAAAUUUUCUUCUCUGUAACAAUAUAGACACAUUAUAUUUAUAAAUAUAGAUUGUACUAAUAAGCUCCAUUAAAAUAAUGAACAUACAAUACGUGCAUUUUGAUAGGUGAAAUAAAUUUAUAAAUAAACGAAACAAACAAAUACAAAUACCUGUCAAUGCAAAUAGAGACAUGUCCACACAUAAUCCUUUCUCCAUUGUGAUCUAUUAGUUAAUUCGUAAGUUAAACAUAUAAACAUACAUUUAUUUAUUGUUAUAUAUGGGGAAUAAGAUUUGGUAUUAGUUAUCGGGAGUACAAUAUAGUUUAUUUAAAACUGCCUUAUUGUAAGGAAUUAUAAAGUGUGAUGUGUAGUGAGUGUACGCAGGGACUUUUAUAUGGCACUGUGGCCAAUUACGUUGGAUUUGAAAAUAGCUGUAAUACAAGUCUGUAGUGAUAAUAGUCUGUUUUUAUACUUGUUCUAAGGGGAAUGAUUGAUGUGUAGAUGUGUAAACAAUCACAUAGGUAAGAGAAGUUGUCACAAAAUGUUACACUACAAAAUGACAUCAAGUUAUAUCUAUAGGCUUUGACUGUAAUAAUGACAGUUUGGAAAAGAUAUGUUAUUUCAGCCUUUUUUUGUGGGAAGACAGGAGUCAUUAGGAUGCCUUUUAAAAAACAGGCAAUCUCUAUAUUAUUACUUAUUUCCUAUUGAAUUGUGUUCUGUAAAUCCCUAGUGGUAUCAAUCACUAACAUUUGGGAAAACAUCAAUUCAAUACGCUAAAAGUAAAACAAAAUAGAUAAACAACAUCUCACUCAACAACGGUCAAUCUUCGUUUAUCUUCUCCGAUUAACCAAAGUCUCCCAACAUAGACAUUCAGCUAUAGUGUCUCAGAACUCUGCAGUUUGUAACGAACUGACAUUGGUGGAAUAGCUUCAUAAUCAAGCUCGUCACCAAUCAAAGAAAUUAUUUCCGCUUUUAAUACAGCAGCUGAAAUCUUAUUGAACUACUAGCAAGACUAUUGAUGAAUAGUACAGGAAAAUAUGCACUUUUCUGCACUUUUCAUCAGUGUUAUUCUAUCAUAUGACAAAACUUAUGUGAUUGUUGAUAACUUAUAAAAUAUUUAUGUACAAAAUAAUAAACCCGUAUCUCAUCACUGGGAUUAAGAUUGCUCAAAGAUGGAGCCAAAUCGUAAGUUAGUAUUUAUGUAUUUAAAUAUUAUGCAAUACAAAGUGAAAGGAAAUAAUUUGUACGCAAAGUAUUGCAAAGAAGAUAGCAGUUAUCGCAAAACGUUUGAGGUUAGCGUUAUAUUAAAACUUAUUUCAAAAAAUUAUUGUAGCUCUUUAUUACCAAAAAUUAAUAUUUAAAUUUAUAUUAUCAUAUCUAUGGUCAAGUGAGGUCUACAAAAUGUUUCAAAUAAUCCACUUUGUAUUGCAAGCCUUGUGACACGCGAACAAUCUGUGAUGUAGCAAUUCUCGAUAAUGUGUACUGUGUGGUGUAUGUGACUUAGAUUUAUUAAGCGACCAGACCCAGGUCCUGGACAACCGCCUGCAUACGCAGUCGACCCUGGCCUAAUUUGUUAUAAUGAACGCGAAAAUUGACAUGGAAAAUGUGUAUAUCCCAGGCAUAUUACUGGAGGAGACAUUAUUGGUCGUUAUGCGCUGAAUAAUGACUAAAACGUGGGAACGAAAAAGUUAAAAUGUCAUUCCGCGCUGAUAAAUAGCCAUGGUCGAUUCUGUAUAUACAGGUUGUCGUAUAAAUUGUAUUUUCUUUUGUAUUUGAAGUACCACGGAAAGUGGGAAACAAUGUGUCCAAAUGGAAAAAUAAACACUAUUAAAUAUGAA